AUGCAUUUGGUAGCACCACAUGAUUUCCUCCUCUUUUUAAAAAUGAGAGCAUGGGAUAAAAUCAUCAAAACCAAACACACAUCAAAGUUCUUUAAAUCACCAUCGUUUAUAAUGAGUGCUAGUUCCAAAAGAAUCAAGUUUGUUUCCAUUUCCUUGCCUAUUCUAUAUGGCAAUCAUGCAUACAAGCUCACUCCAGAAAUGAGAAAACCCACUACUCCACCUGAUCAUACACAUGAAUGGACAGUAUUCUUCAAGCCAGUUCUAGGCGAUAUAGACUUGACGCCGUUGAUAAAAAAAGUAACCUUCAAACUACAUGAGACGUAUGAGAACCCUAUUCGUACAGUUGAGCACCCACCAUAUCAAGUAACAGAGACUGGAUGGGGUGAAUUCGAAAUCAUCAUAAAACUACAUUUCCACGCUGGGGUGGAUUUGGGUAUCAAUGAGAAAAACUUUCAAAUCUUCCAUGCUUUGAAAUUGCAUCCUUAUAAUCCACAGCAGCCACAACGCGAAAGUGGCGAAGUCCACUCUAUUUUAUACGACGAGUUGGUAUUCAACGAGCCCACAGAAAAAGUGUUUGAAAUUUUGACAAGGAAGCCAAUAAAUCUUAUACCGUAUGAGCUAUCUGAUCCAGACAAGAGAGACCAGGAGUAUAUACGGCCAGAUGAAACUGAUGAGUUGAAUCGCUUGGACGUUUACAUACAAAAGAUCAAGGAGGAGAUAGAGAACCAAGUAGAUCAUUAUAAAGAGAUGGAACAACAGAAACUUGCGUUGACUCAAUAG